CGGAAGUAUGUUCAAAGGGUUGAAAACAAAAUCACUUAUGUUGAAAAAAGUCUUUCAGAAAUAAAGGUACUACUUCUGAAGUUGGUUGGCAAACCGAACCCAUCGGUUGAGGAAGAGGUUGAUAAGGAUGCAAUUGGGGAUGAACGAGUACCUGCCGGUGAAGAUGUUUUGAAGACAAGUGUUGUUAAUGAUGAUGGUGUUGCUGAUGAUGCGGCUGCGGGUGACGGUGAGAAGAACGUACAAGAAGAGGAACCAAAUGUAGCCACUGAAGAAGUGUCGAUGCAGGUUGAGGUUGUGAAAGGAGAUGCUGACCAUGUUGCUGAUAGUGAAGAUGGUGAAGAUGCCACACGGGCAGAUGUAAUCAUCUCCGCUGUAAUGACUGAG